AUGAUGCACCCCUCUCGACAGGCCUAUGUCGAGGAGGCGGCUGAGGAGAUGGAUACUGGCAUUGAUCUCGCCAAUUUGCCUGUUGACCAAGACUAUGAGAUUCCCUCAUCGGUGGCGGGUAUCCCGUCCGAACGGGCCUCCGCUAUCAUAUCACAGUUCGAGCGAAAACGGAGAGCUGCUGCGAUGGUGGUACCGACAGAUGAUACUCGAGUUCGCGCUCGGUUACGAGAGCUGGGAGAACCGAUUACUCUGUUUGGCGAAGGACCUGCAGAUCGUCGAGAUCGUUUGCGCGAGCUGUUGACCGACAUGGCGGACAAGCAAGGCGAGGGGGAUAUCGAGAUGGAGGAAGCGGAUGAGGAAGAGGAGGUGGAACAACAAGAAGAAUUCUAUACGGAAGGCACAAAUGAGUUGCUGGAAGCCCGGAAAGCAAUUGCGCGCUAUUCUUUACCGAGGGCCAAGGCGAGAGUGGCCCGGUUGAAGGACGAGUCGACAAUUCCACUUCGAACACACGUCAAGCAUCGGAAGGCAAUCAAAGAGAAAUUGCAAGGAUUUGAUCUCUGGGGAUCCCAGAUUGCAGGCGAACGUCCCGUGAGCAUUUGCCGAUUCGCGCCGGACGGACAUACCAUUGCUGCCGGAAACUGGGGCGGUGCUAUCAAGCUGCUAUCGGUACCGAAUUUAGAGGAGAAAGCGAAUCUUAAGGGACACGAUGAUCGAGUGGGUGGUCUUGCGUGGUUCCCUGGGGCUACAUUACCAGAGUCAAACGUUUCACCAUCGACAGUCAACCUCAUUUCUGGAGGAGGAGAAGGGAAUAUCAAUCUUUGGGCUCUCGACCAGGACAAACCGCUGGCAACUUUGUCCGGACAUUCGGGUCGUGUAUGCCGUACGGAAUUCCACCCGUCAGGUCGAUAUGCGGCAUCUGCUUCUUUCGAUACUACUUGGCGACUAUGGGACGUGGAGACAACUUCAGAGCUUCUUCUGCAGGAAGGCCAUUCACGCGAAGUGUAUGCGGUAUCAUUUAACAGCGACGGGUCACUCCUAGCGAGUGGUGGAUUGGACAGUAUUGGGCGGAUCUGGGAUCUGCGUACAGGGCGCACGGUGAUGAUCCUGGAAGGCCAUAUUCGGGAGAUCUAUGGCAUGGACUGGGGUACUGAUGGGUACCGAGUCCUCUCUGGCUCCGGUGAUGGCUGGGUCAAAUGCUGGGACCUCAGGCAAGUGCGCAGUACCGGUGGCAUUGGUGCACAUAAAAGUGUCGUUUCCGAUCUCCGCUGGUACAAGGGCGCCGAGUCGGUAUCAUACUUGCCUUCGACAGACAGCGGCCCGAUGGAGAUUGAUGGCGCACCCGCACCCGCCGACGAAUCAUCGGGGGUCCAGCCCAAGAAAUCCGGAACCUUCUUUGUCUCCAGCGGAUUUGACCGGAGCGUGAAUAUCUUCAGCGCAGAUGACUGGUCCCUCGUGAAGACGCUGAGUGGGCACUCGGGCAACGUCUUGAGUGCGGAUGUCAGCAAUGACGCCAAGUGGAUUGCCAGCUGCGGUCAUGACCGCACCGUUAAACUCUGGGGCAUUGAGUGA